AUGCCAGAGGCAAGAGACAGAAGAGAGAGACCUAUCGAUUACCCCGCCGUGUUUCUCAACAGACGAUCCAAUGGGAUCUUACUCGACGAGGCGGAAUCACACCUCAAUCCGGUUCAGAACUCUGGCUUAACCGGUCAAGGAUCUACGAUGGGGAGAGGUGGACUUAUGAGAGGAAAUCUAGGAGUUCGGAGAACAGGGAGAGGCUUGGGUGUUGCAAGACGUGGCAGGACUCGUGGUUCAGCUUCUGUGUUACCUUCUUGGUAUCCAAGAACACCUCUUCGUGAUGUAUCUUCGGUUGUUAGGGCAAUUGAGAGAAGGAGAGCACGUAUGGGAGAUGUUGAGACACCAACACCACAACAGCUUGGGGUUAUUGAUGAUUUGCCAUUGUUAGGUGUUCAGCUUGAGCACAACUACUCUAUGGUUACUCCUUGUCCAUCUGUUGGGUUUAAGCGUCCUUGGCCGCCUUCAACUGCUAAAGUGCAUCAGAUGCUGCUGAAAAUCACGAGAGAGGAUUCAGGGGAAGAAGAGGAAGAGGCGUUGACUCCACAGAAGAAGCUUUUAAACUCUAUUGAUAAAGUGGAGAAGGUUGUGAUGGAAGAGAUUCAGAAGAUGAAGAGCACUCCUAGUGCUAAGAGAGCUGAAAGGGAGAAAAGGGUUCGGACUUUGAUGUCCAUGCGAUGA